CCGUAGAAAUAGAUCGAGUUAUUCAGAACAAUAAAAUAGAUCAGGUUAUAUUUAGAAGACGUGCUCGCGUUCUGCAAACUUGCGAAUUUUUAACCUAACCUAAUAACGGCGUUUGAUGUUUACGCAGAAAAAGGAGCGCGCCAGUCAGAAAGAGAAGAAGAGAUUGCACUCGCGACAAUAGAGUAGCGUUAACAACGCGAUAACAAAAAAAAAAUUUCAUUGCUUAUGUAAUAUUUGAGUUGUGUAUUCGUUUUUAUCAAUUAUAUCGAUAUUUUAUCAAUUAUAUUGAUAACACAUGUGGCACCUCUCACCAGUGUUACCACGUGUGUAAAAAUAAUAGUUUACUGUAAUGUUGAUGUGUAAUGUAAUAAUGAUGGUUUGUGUAUGAACUACUUUUCAACGCUUUGCAUGACGAGAUUACAUUACGCGCACCAAUGGCGGAAUCUGAAAAAGCAAGCACAUUGGAAUGGACACGGCCCGAUCAAGUGAUGCAACUAUAUCGUAUGAAGUUGAAGAAACGCGUGCUUCAGGCACGUAUCAAUAAAACGAAUGUCAACAAGGACAAGAUUGUUCAAGGUGAGAAUUUGGAUGGAUUAACUUCCGGCAGCAAUGCGCUGCAGCACACAAGUCAGAAGCGUAAAAAUCCAUUUGCGAUCAAUGUUAACAAUGAAACGUGCAAGAAACCGAGAGACGUAACAAGCGGAUUGGAAAUCAGCAGCGACAACACGUUGUUCGAAUUAUUGAACAUCGACGUUCAAUCCAAGAAACAAACGACGAAUGUGACCGCGGAUGAGUCGUUGAAUUUCGCUAACGUUCUCUCAAAAUUAGAAUCAAACGUUGAGAAUAACGUGGAAUGCCCGAGAGGCGCGAAACACUUGCCCAUAGAUUGGACAUUGAAGACUAAAAUGAGAUUCACAUCUCCGAAACCUUUCCCGUGGAGUAGCAAACUCAAGACGAGCGAAGAGGCGUCGGGCACCACUGGAUUUGUCAGAUGCCUGAACAUUGGGGACAAAGAGACAACUUUGGAUACUAGUCUGAACGCAAGAUUUCAUCAGUGUUGCUUGCUGUGGCAACACCCGUCUAUACCGUGGUUAGAGCUUUUUCCUCGCUCGUCGGGCAAAGUAAGCGCUGCCCUCGCAAACAAUGCGGCGAUAGCGAACAAUCAGGGAGCUAAGGACGCUCUGCACAGCGAAUGGUGCGACAGUUUCAGAUCCCUGUUUCACUUACUGCGAGCGGGACAAUGUCCGUAUUUUUACAUGUGCGCGAACACAUUCACCGUGCUUUUUCGCGCUGCCGGUAUCUGCGGACUGUCGGAGAUUCAUGCCCUCGUGUCACCCACGACGCGCGGAUUCCGUCAGUUGCUGAAGCAAGAAGAAAUAGAAUAUUCCAUGCCAUUGAGGAAGGAUCCUAAAAGACGAUCAGCAGAAUUAGAUUCUAAAUCUGUAGAUUCCGUGUCUGACACGACAAUGAACGAGCAGGAGAAUAAUGUCGAAGACGAUGACGAAGCUCACGAUGGCGCGUUGCUCGAAAGUCUGGGGAUAGAAAAUUCGGAAAUUCUCAAAAUCAAUCACUCACAAACGAGAAUGACCAUGGAUAAGGAGAGCAGAGUGGACAAUUUGAGACAGUCUCUCGUGUUUGUGAGAGGCGUGGAGACGCAGGCGUUGUUUAAUUUUUUAAUUAAUUGCAAAUCAGCCACAUCGGUGACCGGUGCGUUAGCCGGGAUCCCGCCUACGCUUUUGGCUCCGACGGCUUUUCACGGGGCCACGUUAAAACCGCUUAAGGUUCGUGAAAGUGUGGUACGAUUGUGCGAUGACAACAAUAGAUAUUAUUCUCUCGAACUAAAAGGACCGCUUCUGCCGCACGUUCUACCUUCUCUUUGUCAUUUAAUGAAAUCUAGUCAAUUGGAACAGUAUUCGGCAAGUUGCGCGCAGUUGGCGUCAACGAGUUCGUUCUCCGCUGUGAAAUACGAUCAAACAGGUGUCACAAAAGGAGAGGAUAGCAACGCUUCCAAAGUGCCGCCUAACGUCUUCGGACAAGAGAAUCUGAGCGAUUGCGGGUUAAACGAAGAUUUACUAAGUCACUUUUGUAGUCCCGAUCCUGCCAGAAUAGAGGUUGUAGAAAGCUUUAAGUUCCUCAACGGAUUGUACAUAUGGUCUUGACUUUUCAUAAUUGUUUGAUCUCAAGAAAUAAUUUAUACAAUAUUUAAGUAUAUCUAACUUUGUGUUAUUAAAUAGAUAUGUAUAUAUAUAUAUACAUACAUAUCUAUAUAAUUAAUUCUUAACUUUCCAAUAUAAAAAAGCCGACGUCUUGGUCCGAGCAUUUUUUAUUGCUCGACGAGACGUAAGAAGAAUAAUGGACUGUCAUUUUGAAAAAUAAGAGAGUGUUAUGUGUGUGUGUGUGUGUGUGUCUAAUCUGUCAUAUACAUAUUUGUACAGUUUACAAAAAGAAAGAAGGUAGGUCGUCAUCUGUGUGUAAAGAACUGUGUGUAAAGUAGAAAAAGAAGAAUUUGUUCAUAUAAUAUAUUCCAUAUAUACAUAUAUACAUAUAUAAUCAUAUUAUAUACUAUAUAUAUAUAUAUAUAAAUAAUGUAUUCAUCAUGUUAUUAUACCGAUAUUGUUAUCGAUAUUAGGUAACACCGUUUUCACUCAAGUCGACACUAAGUCGAACGCAUAUUCUUAACGCGUAAUACUUUUUUUAAAAUAUACACAACAAAAAACUUGUACGUUAUAUUUUUGCGAUAUAUACCGAUCUGUUUUA